AUGAAGGCCAUAAGAGCGAUUAGGAGCCGGCGGCUACCAGGUGAUGUAGCCAGGGCCAGAGAGAGUUCCCCCAAAAGGAGGGAAAGUCAGGAUAAGGGUGAGGAGCAGGCCACUGACGCGUCGGGAGUUUUAACUGGUGUCUUCACAUCACCAUCGCUGUCGCGAAGGGAGGACGAGGUGGAGAAAGAAAAGCAGGUGCAGCGUCUGCAUGCUCUCGCAAAAGAUCGCGUCCACGGGGACGCCCUUGUUCUUGCGGAAGUGAAAACGAAUGUCAUCAUCUCAGACGAGUUCACCUUCAUAACUGAACUUUCCUACCAUCUCUCAACUCGCUACCGCCGCCCUGUCUCCUCCAUCGCUGUCACAGUACACCACGGCGUAUGCAUGUUCUUUGCUGGCUCCUUCGACCCCGCCUACAUCCUGACCAUCAGCGCCCCUCGCGAGGUGCUAUACUGCUCCAACAACUUGGUAGAGCACCGCCGCAAUGCAACGCAGGUCAUGAGGCACAUGGAAGAGUCACUUGGAGUCGGGUGCGCAAGGGGGUUGGUAAGACUGCGGACGGGCGUUGACGAGAAGGCAGCAGGCACUAGCAGCGAGGAGAGUGACACCAGAGGUCAUUACUCCUCCAUCAAGUGCAGAAGAGGCCCUCGAUGA